AGUCAGACGCUUUACCGCUUCGCUCGCGUGUGUUUUGGACUCUCGCUGCAAUUUUCCAAGGCACUUCCCGCGGAAGCAUGUCCAAGAGCAAGGUGACAGUGGACUGGAAGAAGCGCGUGAAGACGGAAUAUGCGAAGAUCCGCCAGCAGAAGCGCCACAAGAGGGCGGAUGAGGUGAAGAAUGCGUGGUGUCGCAAUCGGACGGACAUGAUCAAGACGCUGGCGCAGGAGAACUCUCGCUGGGCGGCAGCGGCGAAUGCCGUGUGGGAGCCGAAGGAGCUGGAUCCGGCGCACUUGAAGUGCAUGAAGAAGGCGGAAUGCGUGAGUCUCGACGGCGAUGUGCAAUCCGUGCCCAUCCGGACGAUAAACGCCGUCACGCCCAUUCCCACGAUGUACACGUGGGUGCCCACGCAGCAGAACUUCAUGGUGGAGGACGAGACGGUGCUGCACAACAUUCCCUACAUGGGCGACGAGGUGCUGGAUCAGGAUGGGACGUUCAUUGAGGAGCUGAUCAAGAACUACGACGGCAAGGUGCACGGCGACAAGGAGGGCAGCUUCAUCGAUGAUCCCAUCUUCGUGGAGUUGGUCAAUGCGCUGACGCAGUAUGUGGAGAAGGACGAGGAGAAGGAUGUGGAGAGGAAGCCAGAGAUGAGAGAGCUGCGAAACAAGGGUGUGGAGGAGAAGCUGAAGAUUGAGAAAGAUGUGGAUGUGAAAGUGAAGCGAGAAGUUGAUCUGGAGGAUCCUUCGAACGGGUCAAUGCUGAAGGAAUUCUCACUGGUGACGAUAAAGAAGGAACCGAUGGAGUCUGUGACGCCUUUUCCGCCUCCAGUCAUUUUCCAAGCCAUCAGCCAACAGUUUCCCGACAAAGGCACUGCCCAGGAGUUGAAAGAGAAGUACAUUGAAUUGACUGAGCGAACGGAUCCUGAUCGUCCCCCGGAAUGCACACCCAACAUUGACGGGAUCAAGGCUGAGAGUGUGUCCAGAGAGCAAACUCUGCACUCCUUCCAGACGCUCUUCUGCCGUCGCUGCUUCAAAUACGACUGCUUUCUUCACCGACAUCAGCAAAACGGCCUUCAAGCGUGUCAACCAGGACCGAAUCUGCACAAGCGACGCUAUCCUGAGCUCAAGUCCUUCGCGGAGCCUUGCAGUGCGGCGUGUUAUAUGCUGCUGGAUGGGAUGAAGGAGAAGAUUGCGGCGGACAAUAAGGAGAAGUCACAGAAUGACUCCAGCAAUGACGCCAGCUCGGAGGACAGCAAUGACAGCAACAGUCGCUGCUCGAAGGACUUCCUGAGUGCCAAGGAGGCGCCGGCGCUCACGGUCGCCUCCUCGGCCGAGAUCACCACACUGAUGGGCGCCAGUAUUCAGGCCGACUGGACGGGCUCCGAUCAGUCGAUGUUCCGGGCGCUGCAGAAGGCCUUCGUGACCAAUUACUGCGCCAUGGCGCAGAUCAUGCUCACCAAGACGUGCCAGCAGCUGUAUGAGUUCGGCCAGCGCGAGGCGGCGGACAUUCCGGCUGAGGAUCUGCGGCAGGAUUACACGCCGCCGCGCAAGAAGAAGAAGAAGCACCGCCUGUGGUCCGUGCACUGCCGGAAGAUUCAGCUGAAGAAGGACUCAUCGUCCAAUCACGUGUACAACUUCACGCCCUGCGACCACAGUGGGCCGUGUGACAGCAACUGCUCGUGCAUCGGCGCGCAGAACUUCUGCGAGAAGUUCUGCAAUUGCAGCAGCGACUGCCAGAAUCGCUUCCCGGGAUGUCGCUGCAAGGCGCAGUGCAACACGAAGCAGUGCCCAUGCUAUCUGGCCGUGCGUGAGUGUGACCCAGAUCUCUGCCAGAUGUGUGGCGCCGAUCAGUUCAAGCUCAACAAGAUCACGUGCAAGAACGUCUCGGUGCAGCGAGGAUUGCACAAACACCUGCUGAUGGCGCCCUCGGAUGUGGCCGGAUGGGGAAUCUUCCUCAAGGACAGCGCGCAGAAGAAUGAGUUCAUCUCGGAAUACUGCGGUGAGAUUAUAUCGCAGGACGAGGCGGAUCGGCGUGGGAAGGUGUAUGAUAAGUACAUGUGCAGCUUCCUGUUCAAUCUCAACAAUGACUUCGUGGUGGACGCGACGCGCAAGGGCAACAAGAUCCGCUUCGCCAAUCACUCCAUCAAUCCCAAUUGCUAUGCCAAGGUGAUGAUGGUGAAUGGCGAUCACAGAAUUGGGAUCUUUGCCAAGAGGGCGAUUCAGCCUGGCGAGGAGUUGUUCUUCGACUACAGAUACGGUCCGACGGAGCAGCUGAAGUUCGUGGGCAUUGAGCGCGAGAUGGAGUUCCUCUGAUUGUUGGGCAGAAAGGGGGCGGCGUCCUAGCGCUCCCCCGAGUCGCCGUGAACACAGUUUCUUCUCUUCUUCUGGGGUGGGAUUUGUGUAGAUGAUGAGAAUCCGGAGACGGACGGUGUUUUUUUGAUACGAGUAAAUUUUCACACACGCUUCCUUUUUCUUACACCUCUUCUUUGGCUUUCUGUUGAUCUGCCAGCACGUGCUUGAACAUGUGCUUCUUCAGGUCCGGCAUGCCGAAGAAGAUGGCCGAGCAGGGGCCGCACGUGAGCGUCUCGGCGGCGCUGUCGUGCGCCACCACGUGGUCCAGCAGAUCGCCGAGGC